AUCAUGAUAGCUCACUUCUUCAAUUAUUAUGUAUGGAAUUUUUUAUAACAAUUAUGUUAGAAAACCCCUGUUUAGUGAUUUACCGAUCGAUCCAAAAAAUUUAUCUAUACUUUAUAGCUGUGAACUCCAAUACCAACCUUACACACAAAUCUCUACACAUCUGAGACAGUAUACAACCCCUCCUUGAUCAUCUAUAAUUGUCUAAAAUUUCAAUAAACUUCCUAAGUUAAAGCUAUGGCUGAAGUGAUUCUGACGACUGGAAUCGUCAAGGCUGUGGUAGGAAUCUUGACCAAACUGGCUGCCGAUGAGAUCGUUUUACUUUGGAAUGGUGAAGAAGAGUUGAGAAUGCUUAUAGAAACCUUAAAGACAAUUGAUGCUGCAACAGAUACUGCUGAGAAGCUACAAGUGAGUGAUGCAUCAGUGCGUUUGUGGUUGAAAAGGCUAAAAGACAUUGCUUAUGAUAUUGAGGACCUUGCAGCUGAGGUCUCCUAUGAAACGAUGCGUCACCGUGAGAGGGGGAUCGGCAAAAAGGCACGUGAUCUCUUUUCAUCUGACAAAGUUUCUUACGCGGUGGUCAAGAAAGUUCAAGAUAUUAACAAAAGACUAAAUUGGGUUACAAAAAAUAAUAAUUAUUCUAAGUUGCCAAUUGAAACUCAUACUGAAACUAGUUUGCAGUCGUUUGAUCGAGAAACCUCACCCCGUGUCCCUCAGUCAAUUGAAGGAAGGGAAGCUGAUAAAAAUGAAAUAUUAAGAAUAUUAAUAACAUCUGGGGAGCGAUCAUUUAUUUCUUUUGAUCAACAUCAACAAAACGAUAGAUUUUAUAAAUAUAUAAAAGAAUUAAAGAAUUACAUAGCAGGGCUUUUUUUUUCUUUGCUCGGUAUAGCAGGACUGUUUUAUAGGGCGCGAUCAUCAGUGGCAUCAUCAUCAGCGGCAUCAUCAUCAUCAUCAUCAUCAUCAGCGUCAAACUUCCAGAACAAUCAGUAUCCCGAAAAUGUUUCUGUCGUUUCUAUAGUGGGAAUGGGGGGAGUUGGAAAGACUACGCUAGCCGGACUCAUCUACAAAGACGAGGCCGUGGAAAGCUUUAACCCAAAAAUCUGGGUCUGUGUAGCUGGUGAUUUUGUUGCUCGUACAGUUUUAUUACAAAUUUUAAAGUUCAUCAUUCCCGAAACAAACCUGAAUAACUCAUCAGCUUUGGUCACACUGGAGAACCAAGUUGAACAACAAUUGAGGGGAAAGAAAUAUCUGUUAGUUCUUGACGACAUGUGGAACGUACGUGCGGAUGAAUGGGAAAAGCUUACACGUGUGUUAACUGUUGGAGUCCUAGCUGGUAGUAAAGUAUUAAUCACUAGCCGUGAAGUCCAGAAAUCAGUAAACGGAGGAAUUCCUUCAUACAAACUAAAACAAUUAGAAGAUGAAGAAUGCUGGUUCAUUAUUAAGUCAAAAGCCUUUUUAGAUGGUGGAGCACAACAGACGGGUGGUGACAUGAUGAGGAUCGGAAGAGAGAUAGCAAAGAAGUGCAUGGGUUUACCACUUGCUGCUCAAUCCCUUGGAAGUCUAAUGCACUCAAAAAAUAGAAAGGAAUGGGAAAUGAUCAGAGACAAUGAUAUUUGGAAUGACAAAGAAAAGGAUCAAUUCAAUAUCAUACCAAUACUAAAACUGAGCUAUGAUGACUACCCGUCAGAGUUAAAACAGUGUUUUUCCUACUGCUCUAUAUUUCCCAAAAAUUGGGAGAUAAGUAAGGUAACACUGGUUCAGCUGUGGAUAGCAGAAGGAUUUCUGGGUACUUGUAAGCUGGAAAAAGGAAGAUCGAUUGAAGACUUUGCGGAUAAGUUCUUCGACCGUUUGGUGUGGAGUUCAUUUCUGGAUGGUGUGCAAAGGAGUACGUUGGAUGACAUAGUGACAUGCAAAAUGCACGAUCUUGUGCAUGAUCUUGCAAAAGCUGUUGUUGGGGAUCAGGAAUUGACAUCUCUCAAGGUGAGUGAGUUGCACAAUACUUCAGAAAUACGUCGUUUACAUUUAACAUUGGAUGAAGAAUUAUCAGCAUCAUCUCUGAAUUGCUUAAGUACCGCAAAGAAGUUGCGGACACUUUUUAUCCCUGAAAAUUCAAAGCUGGAUCCUUCUAUGUUCUCAGAAAAUCAUUACUUACGUGUCUUACAUGUGGGUCUUUCACCAAACCUUGCAUUUUCAAAGCUUCCUUCUUUGAGUGUUAACCUAAAACAUUUAAGGUACCUUCGCCUUACCUCUCUUGAUCAAAGGAAACUAAAGAAUAAUCGUUCCAUCAGUAAACUUCAUAAUCUGGAGACUUUGGUAUUGACUAAUUCGUACGGUGUUCAAAAUCUUCUUUCAAACAUUCAGUUAUCCCAAAAAUUAAGAUAUCUUGAACUCUCUUUCACGGAUAUGGUAGAACUACCCGAUUCCAUCACAUGUCUUAUUAAUUUGCAGACAUUGGAUCUCAAUCACAGCGAAUUAAAAGCCAUUCCUGACUCCAUCUCUGGUUUGAAAAAUCUAAGGUUUCUAAAUUUGUCAUUCAACCCUAUCAAAGAACUACCUGUUUCUGUCGCCAACCUCUCCAGUUUGGAAACAGUAGCCGUCAAUAGCUGUAAAAAUUUAAAAGCCUUACCAGAGGAAGUGGCAGGUCUUGCUAAUUUGAGAAUAUUUGAUUUGAAAGAGUGUCCAUUACUAGAAGCAUUACCUGAAGAUUUUGGAGAAUUAUAUCAGUUGAGAUCUCUUGACCUAGUGGGUAGUCCGAUCAGAGUAUUACCUGAGUCUUGCACUAGUUUAAAAAAUCUAGAGUAUGUGGAGCUUUACCAUUGUGAGCUUCCCAAAUAUGUAAAAAACUGGACGAAACUUAAAAAAUUUCGUUACUACGGUCGGAAAAAUCCACCAGUAAUGUUGGGUGUAGGAGAACUAGUUUACCUUGAAGAAUUGGUUUACACGGUGCCACAAAAACUAACAAAUGAAACUGGAUGUAACUUUGGUAUUGAAGAGUUGGGCAACCUAAAAUUUCUUCAGCGUCUAGAUAUUAGGGACCUCCAGAACGCGCAAGACCAAACAGAUGCUAAGAGAGUAAAUUUAAAAGGAAAACAGAAUCUUCAUAUGUUGAAUCUGGUGUGGAGUAACUUGAAAGACGAGUUGGCAGUUUGGGAUGUAAUGACACAAGAGUGGCGCAAUAAUGUGUACAAGAAGUCGUGUAACAUUCAAGUAUUUGAAGCUCUCCAACCUCCGCUUGGUCUGAAAUCGUUGGCUAUUGUUUACUUCAUGGGGUGGGACCAUCCCACGUGGAUGUGUGCUCCGUCUUGUCUUCCGAAUUUGCAACGAUUGUAUCUUACCAAUUGCAUGGGAUUUGAGCAACUACCAGCCGCUGUUGGGAAACUUCCACAUCUCAGGUAUCUAUUUCUUAACGGAAUACCUUUGAAGAAUUUAGACAUUGGUGGGUUUCUUUCCUUACUCCGGCUCGAAUGUGUAAAUAUGGACCUUUUAGAAGAAUUAUGUGUUCCCUAUCCCUGUCUUCAGAUUCUGAUUAUUGAUGGAUGCGAAAGUUUGUCCACAAUCACUUGUUUUCCUUCUUUGAAGGAGUUGCUAUUAGAGAAAAUCGAUCUAACGUUACUAAGUUCAAUCGGGAGAAGUCACACUUCUCUCACGAGGAUUGUUUUAAACAAUAUAAUGGGGCUUAUAUUCUUCCCUGUAAUCGUACUAAAAAACAAUUGUAAUCUUCAAACUUUGGAGAUUAAAGAUUGCGAUCAGUUUCGAGGAUUUCAAGUAAAUGACGACCACAAUGAGAACGAGUCCCCUAAAUUCCAUAUCGGUUCUCUUCGAAAACUGAGUUUGAUAAAUUGUCCGGUUCUUGAAUUUCUUCCAUAUUCACGUGGAGAAUCGACUUCUCUUCAGCAAUUAACCAUCUCCAAUUGCCAGAAAGUGGGGGAGUCUUUAACCUAUGAUCGUCUCGAAUGCGUUUCCUCUCUUACAAAUUUGUAUGUUGAUUCAGUUCCUCUAAAAGAUGAUUAUGUCAAGAAAUAGCAGUUCGAAUAUUUCUGUUUUACGAAGAAGAAGAUGAUGUUUAUGGAUCUUUGACGAUGAU